ACGUCGACAUGUCGACUGCCCCCAAUGAUUUUCCUUCAGUAGCCGACGCUCCUUUCAACGACACUGCCCAAUCCGAUGCGCUUCCUUCAACCGACCCGACUCAGCCGUCAUCUUUAAAUGCUUCAGCGUCUAAUGCGCCUGCGGAUGCGACCUCUUCGAUCAUUGCGCCUAUAGAAUCUACUACCUCUCAACCACCCAUCAAGUCCUUCUCCCCAGCUACCGAUCAAGUCUUGGAACGCUUGCCCUCGACAAAUCUGUCUGCAGCUUAUAGCGCACAAGAGUGGGAAGCUGCCAGGAAUGCUGUCCUCAAGAACAUGACUACCUCGACCUCGCUGGGCCCUGACGCAAAGGUAAAAGAGGAGGAUACCGAUACUCCAAUGGAUGCGACUACCCCAGUCGUGCGGGGAGGACGCGGGAGGAAUCGCGGAGGUCGACCGCGAGGCAGUCGAGGAAGAGGGAGAGGACGAGGCGCAUUAGCUGGAUCCGCCAUGUCGCCCUUGUCCGCAGCUGCCGAAACACCGCCAUCCACAGGCCGAGGUCGUGGUCGAGGAAGAGGAGGUCGUCCAAGAGGGAGAGGUGGCAGAGGUGGUCGGAAGCCUCUUGCAGAAGGCAUCAAGAUCCACGAAGUCAGCUCCGACGACGAUGAUGAUUUCUUUGAUGAUGCUGAAGACACUCCACUAGCGACCACUUCGCGUUCUGGUCGCGCAAUCACAAAACCUACCACCUUCGUACCAGUCAUACCAUCUCCCACCUCGGGCACAAAACGUAAACGCAAUUGGGGACGUAGGAAUCCAGAAUUGGCAGUCUGCAAGCAAUGUCUCCGGCCUCAUAGUCCAGCCACCAACAUGAUAGUAUUUUGUGAUGGCUGCAACUCUCCUUACCACCGCUAUUGCCAUUAUCCUCCCAUCAGCCAGGAGGUUGUAGAUGUUCCUGACAUGGAAUGGUUCUGCUCGGACUGUACCGUUCGACCACCGCCUGAAGUUGAUGCUGAUUCUUUUGUAUCUGGAGGAGAUCUGAUGGACCACCAGAAACGUGAGGUUUUGAUGUUACUACCGACAAAUACACUGGUCGACUUGCUACUACGCGCAGAUCAAUCACAUCCUGAACUGGCACUAUUCCCACCAGGAGCUUUCCGAACGCCUAUACCUACGACACUCACAGAUCUACUUGAUCCUCCUAAACCACAAGUCGAGCCUCUACCACCAAAUCCUCCCGAGCCUUCAUCUGACGAUUCUGAACAUGCUUACUAUCCUCUACCAGUACGGCCAGAUGAUGAUGUGGACGAAGGGUAUAAUGAGCUCGAUAAUCCCACAGCCAACUAUCCAAGACCUGGUCAAGGAUUGGGGGCUUUGCUUCCUCCUGAGGAAAAUGAUCUGAAAUGGUUGGUUGAUGACAAUGAAGAAGUCUACAGCCACUUCAUACCGGCUGAACGGCUUGGAAACAUGGACGAUGCGACCAUGGCAGGUGCAGAUGAGAUUUCCAGACUUUGGGGCGAGACAUUCAAGAAUGACAGGGUCUGCUCGUCGCGGCGUUUCGAGGGACAAAGUCCGACAACGCUCGGGCGAAAUUAUCGUUGCAAGUCGAAGCUUCUGCUUUUGGAUGAAAAAGCAUCAUCUCCUGCCACAGAAAAAUCCUCCUUCCACUUUUGUAUCUUUUGUCGCAUUCAUUUUUACAACCCCCAUCACGGUCGCUCAAUUCACUUCCUGUCAGAUAUAGCAAAUAUGGCAAACAACGCAACCGAUCUCGCCGGUCUUGCUCACUCUGAGCAGCACUACUUCAACAGCUACAACCACCAUGGAAUUCACGAGGAGAUGCUCAAGGACGACGUGCGCACCCGCAGCUACCGUGACGCCAUCUACCAGAACCGUCACCUGUUCAAGGACAAGGUCGUCCUCGAUGUUGGUUGCGGAACCAGCAUUCUGUCCAUGUGCGCAUCCACUUCUUCUCUUUCCACACAACAACAUACUGAGACUCAAUCCGCAGGUNUCGCAGCAAAGGCCGGCGCCAAGCACGUCAUCGGUGUUGACAUGUCGACCAUCAUUGACAAGGCAAAGGAAAUUGUCGAGGUCAACGGCUUGAGCGACAAGAUCACCCUUCUCCAGGGCAAGAUGGAGGAGGUUGUCCUUCCCUUCCCCGAGGUCGACAUCAUCAUCUCCGAGUGGAUGGGCUACUUUNUGCUCUACGAGUCCAUGUUGGACACGGUUCUGUGGGCUCGUGACCGCUACCUCAAGAAGGGCGGUCUCAUCUUCCCCGACAAGGCCACCAUCUUUGUUGCCGUCUGGGAUAACGUCUGGGGCUUCGACUACUCUCCCCUCAAGCGCACCGCCCUCACCGAGCCUCUUGUCGACACUGUUGACCUCAAGGCCGUCGUCACUGAUCCCGCACCUCUCAUCACUCUCGAUCUCUACACCUGCAAAGUCGCCGAUCUCGCCUUCCACCUCCCAUACUCGCUCCCCGUCCGCCGCACCGACUACGUGCACGCCUUGAUCGCCUGGUUCGACAUUGAAUUCUCGGCCUGCCACAAGCCCGUCAAGUUCUCGACCGGCCCUCACACAAAGUACACGCACUGGAAACAGACCGUCUUCUACCUUGACGACAACCUCACCGUCGAGGCUGGUGAGAAGCUCAACGGUACCCUUCUCUGCAAGCCCAACGAGAGAAACAGAAGAGAUUUGGACGUCGCCAUCGAGUACAACCUCGAGGCCAACGAGCAGGGUCGCGAAGCCAAGGGCAAGUGCACCUAUGUCAUGUGC